AUGACAGAUUUUAUGAGGAGGGGGUUCUUCUCAAAGAUAACUAAACGGAUUCGUGGUGAACAGAGCCCGUGCAGUGGUCAUUUUGAAAUCCUGAGACCAGAUGGAACCGUGAUCCCAGUAAAUUCAGAAGAUCAGAACUGCCUCUUCCACGCUGUUGCCCAGGCCACCUGUAAAAAUCCAGGUGAUGUAGGAAAAGAGGCACAGAUCCUUCGGGAGCAGGUCAGAAACAAUCUUCAGCAAAACCUACCCAAAUACGUAGGAGCUCUGAAGCUGCAGAAAGGAUAUGAAGAAACCUAUAAUUCUCCUGGAAGAUAUUAUAUAUGUGGAGGAGAUCGAAAGGCGCGAAGAAAAGCCAUAGACGAUUUCAACGCCAUCUUGGUUGACAUGAGCAAGAAAGGUUUGAGUCCAGAGGAAUUACGAGAUAUCCAAGAACGACGUCUGGGUUUGGUUGGAACGCACGCUGAUGUGUACAAAAUCCGGGUGGAAACCUCAAACCAAAGAGAAUGUGGUGAAAACAGGUUGGCGGUGGAAGCAGACCAUGUCCCACCUAAAUGUGUCUUUCAGAAUGCCCUUAAAACGUUGCAGGAUCCUGAGAACGUAAAGUUAAGAGAGAACCUGAAAAACAAAAGUCCCCAUCUUUAUGCACUGUUGGAUAAAAACGGAGACCGCGGGCUGUGCAGAGAGGUUCUGAAAUCGCACCAUGAGGCAGGCCUGACCUGGCGCAACAGAAAAGAGUCUCGUAUAAUCAGCGAGAAGCUUGAGGAGAUUCUUAUUUCUGGAGAUGGGGAAAAACUGGUGAAGAUGUCGCUGCUGGCAGCCAAUCCAGUUACAUCCAAUUCUCUCAGAGAGGAUGCAGGAAUCCUCUCACUGAACAUCUCAAAUAUGUCCAGAGACGCAACAAAGCGCUACCACGAUGUUGGAGACAAGCUGCUGGUGGAAGGUUACUACAAGAAAGGAGUCCUGAACGAGGAGGAGAGGCACAGCAUCAUGGACUGGCUGAAGGGUGGAAACCUGUACUCAAAGAACACGUCAGAGUACAAAGAGAUGUGCCGUGAGCUGAGAGCCCAGAUACAGAAACACAACAACAACAGUAGAAAAUAA